UUCUCUGACUAACUCUGCUUCGGCCAAAUUCCUCUUUCUUGAGGUCUAUGACAAAGAGGUUAAACUUGUCCUUGGCGUCGUCUACUGUCCUCCAUCAGUGGACUAUUUCUCCAGAAUCGAACCGGUGCUGGAAUCUAUAGGGUCUGAGUACUCGCACGUUAUCGUCAUGGGCGAUUUCAACACAGAUCUCCUUUCCCAAAAGUCAUCUCGCUCCCGUAAACUCCUCCAAAUCAUCAGUUCCUCCAGUCUUCAUGUUCUUCCCCUUCAAGCCACUCACCACAACAUCAACCGACAUGAUACGUGGCUUGAUCUAAUCCUGCCCUCGACUCCUUCCUUGGUCUUAGCCUCCGGACAACAUCCUGCCCCUGGUUUUUCACACCACGACCUCAUCUUCCUAUCAUACAUCCUUAAACCGCCUAAACCCCAUCCUAGGUACUGCACUUGCGAUCUUUUGCUCGUAUGGAUGCGGAGGUAUUGCAUAGGGAUGCGUUUAAAUUAAAUUGGGACGAGUUGUGUAAUGCUCCCAACAUUGAUAGUAAAAUAAAUAUACUUUGCAACUCAAUUAGGGAGUUGUACGACAAGCAUGCCCCGGUCCGCAAAGUGAAAAUUAAACGUCUGCCUGCCCCGUGGAUGACCAGGGGAGUUCAAAUGAUGAUGCGUCGUCGGGAUAAGUUGUUUCGCAGGUUUAGGAGGGAUCGCUGUGAAGAAAACUGGCGCCUGUUUAAAGCUGCAAGGAAUAAGUGUAACCAGGUGAUACGUAACGCCAAACGCCAGCACAUUCUCAACAAUAUAUCUUCUUCCUCCCCUGGCGAUGUCUGGAAGUUCCUCGGUUCUCUAGGCAUUGGUAGGAUGAGGAACCAGAGCUCUCACUUCACUCUUGGCUUGGAUGAUAUAAAUACAUUUUUUACCACCUCCUCUCCCAUGGAUCACCAAGUCAAGAGCCGCAGCUUAUCUCAAUUGUCAGAGUUGAUGCGGCCUAAUAUUCCACAGUUUUCAUUUUCCUCAGUUGCCGAAGAUGACGUCAAAAAGGCUAUCCUCUCCUUCAAAUCCAACGCCAUAGGGGCUGACGCUAUCAGCCGCCGAAUGAUCACUUCCAUCCUAGAAUUCCUACUCUCUCCAAUUUGCCAUAUUAUAAUUUUUUCCGUUUACACCGGUCAAUUUCCUGAACAAUGGCGUAUGGCACACGUCAUACCCUUACCUAAAGUCCUCAAUCCCACCCUACCCAGUCAUUUUCGUCCCACUUCCAUUAUCCCAUUCCUAUCCACGGUGCUGGAAGAUUGUGUCCAUAGCCAAUUGUACAAACACAUCUCUCGGUACAACCUGUUAAACCCACUGCAGUCUGGUUUCAGGCCUGGCCACAGCACAACCUCUGCGCUGCUCAAAGUGACCCACGAUAUUGCGGCGGGCAUGGAGGAUGCUAAAGCUACUGUCAUAGCUCUGGUUGACUUGUCAAACGCCUUCAAUACC